CAUAUGUUGAGACGUCAGUAAUGACACACAGAAAGCGUCGUGAUUCAGCUGUUGUGUCUGAUCUCUUGCAAAAGCGUUUUAGAGCAGACUCCAACAGCAAAGACGAUGACGAGGGUGAUGAUGAUGAUGAUGAUGGUGAGGAGGAGGAGGAGGAGGAGGAGGAGGAGGAGGAGGAGGAGGAAGAAGACAAUGUUACCAAUAUCUACUGUCAACUUUCUGAAUAUGACCAGGCGAUCCUACUUCAUUUGUUGGCAGGAUAUAGCGGGAUUUAUUCUAGGGAGAUAGAUAAAGGGGAAUUCCAUAACUAUUUGGAAAAUAGUAGAAGAUUGUGUGACCAUGACAGCAGAACAGUAGAGGAGGAUAUCCGUUCCAUUAAAUCAAUGACAGACAAAGGAGACGUGCUGAAGUGGGACGGGGGAAAAGUAGAGUUUUCUUCUCCUGAGGUCAGAGAUAGGGUUUUUGAAGAGUUUGCAGGCAGUGUCAGAACUGAUGGUGAAUAUCUGAUAUUGAGCUGGAUUAUUGAGAAGAACUGGUGUGACCCUAAAUCUGAAGGAAUUAGAAAUCGAAUCAUCCAGAACAUUCUGCAGCCUUUUGUCUGGAGAAAAGGACUUGAUUUCAUCGACCUCAUUGUCACAAAGGGUUGUUUUUUUCGUCAUGAAUGGAGCGAAAUACUAAAGGUACCUGAAGCCAUGUGGUAUAUGUGUAAAGAUGAGAAUGAAAAGUGGAUAGGAUUUAAAGGAUUUGUACAACAACAUAUGGAACUGUGCCAGAAAAGCAUCGCUGAAUUGAAUUUAGGCAGUCUCCUGGGAUCAUACCUGAUUGGCUUUGGGACAGGAAAUGAAAUAGAUUUGUAUGGGCCGUCGACCUCCACUCAAAAAUGUAGCAUUCUUGUUCUCAUCUUGACAUCAGAGGAAUACUGCGCGCCUUUAAGUUCAUCAUGGAAAGACAAAACAAGAGCUUUGGGAGAAGUAUUUCCAGUCCUACAGAACGACUCUAUAGUCGACGAACUCUAUGUCAUUAAGGAAUUGAUUGAAACUGAUAAAAUAUUGACAUAUAAAGCAGAGAGUACCGCCGUUGGGUUCGUGUCAGACGAUGUUCGCCAUCAGGUGAUGAGUUGCUUUGUCCUGAAUUGUCUGAACACUGUCGAGGACUAUGAGAACUACAUCAGGUUGUCGUCAGUAGACUCGUUGUUAGAGUAUGUACGUCCGUGGUGGCAAUACAUUGGUAAGGAUGAACGAUGUAUGUGCCUACCGAAGGAACUGGAGAGGACAUGCAUAAAAAGGCUUGAAUUUAAGGCCUUACGUCACUUCUCUGGAUAUAUGUUGGAAGCCCUGUGUCUUCCCCGUGAUGUACUCCAUCUUAUUAAAGAUACCACAGACCGGUUAAUACAAUUCACAAAGAAAUCUGAAUCACAGCGACAGUCGCCCUCCGGUACCCUGUGUCACAACAGUGUUCUUGGAUCAUUCUUAAUCUUUGAUAAUUCGGACAAAACAAAAAAUUUGUAUGGACUGUCACUCUCCAGACAAAAAUGGAGCAUUCUUAUCCACAUCUUGACAUCAGAGAAAUACAAUGGGUCUCUAAAUUCAUCAUGGAAAGAUAAAACAAGAGCUCUGGGAGAAGUAUUUCCAGUCCUGCAGAACGACUCUAUAGUCGAUGAACACGAUGUCAUUAAGGAAUUGAUUGAAAAUGACAAAGUACUGACAUACCAAAAGAACAAUAGCUCCGUUGGGUUCGCGUCAGACGAUGUCCGCCAUCAGGUGAUGAGUUACUUUGUCCAGAAUUGUCUGAACACUGUCGAGGACUAUGAGAACUACUUCAGAUUGUCGUCAGUAGACUCGUUGUUGGAGUAUGUACGUACGUGGUGGUACAAAAGAGAUACAGAUGAACGAUGUAUGUACCUAACGGAGGGACUUGAUGAGUCCUUUAUCAAGAGACUUGGAAUUGAUGCAAUACGUCAUAUAAUGGUGGAGGAUAGAAAAGACAGUGACGACCUCUACAGUAGAGGAAGAGAGAACUGCAUUCUAGAUAAAGUGAAAAAAAUACUGUGCCUUCCCUAUGAUGUAUUCAAUCUUGAUAAAGAUACCAAAGACCGAUUAAUACAAUUCACAAAGAAAUCUGAAUCACAGCGACAGUCGCCCCCCGGUACCAUGUGUCACAACAGUGCUCUUGGAUCAUUCCUAAUCUUUGAUAAUUCGGACAAAACAAAAAAUUUGUAUGGACUGUCACUCUCCAGACAAAAAUGGAGCAUUAUUAUCCACAUCUUGACAUCAGAGAAAUACAAUGCGUCUUUAAAUUCAUCAUGGAAAGAUAAAACAAGAGCUCUGGGAGAAGUAUUUCCAGUCCUGCAGAACGACUCUAUAGUCGACGAACACGAUGUCAUUAAGGAAUUGAUUGAAAAUGACAAAGUACUGACAUACCAAAAGAACAAUAGCUCCGUUGGGUUCGCGUCAGACGAUGUCCGCCAUCAGGUGAUGAGUUACUUUGUCCUGGAUUGUGUGAACACUGUCGAGGACUAUGAGAACUACUUCAGAUUGUCGUCAGUAGACUCGUUGUUGGAGUAUGUACGUACGUGGUGGUACAACAGAGAUACAGAUGAACGAUGUAUGUACCUAACGGAGGGACUUGAGGAGUCCUUUAUCAAGAGACUUGGAAUUGAUGCAAUGCGUCAUAUAAUGGUGGAGGAUAGAGAAGACAGUGACGGCAUCAACAGUAGAGAAAGAGAGAACUGCAUUCUAGAUAAAGUGAAAAAAAUACUUAAUCAGGUACCAGAGGAAAUCUUCGACUGGGAUUACGAAGCACGGUGUCGGUACGUGGAGUGUGCUAGAAGAGGAACACAGACAAUACACAGAGCGCGUCUGAUGAUCGUGGGCUGUGCCGGAGCUGGUAAAACUACUCUUCUUAGACGUCUACAGAAACAGGGUAUAGAGGAGUUAAAACAAGUGGAGUCUACUGUAGGACUAGAGGUUCAUGAAGAUCUGUUUGAAAUAACAGACAAUGGUUGCUUGAGAGCACUAUCUAAGGAUACAGGAAAAGAGGACAAGAAGAUUCUGAGUGUUGUGGACUUCGGGGGACAAUGCGCAUAUUACGCCUGUCAUCAAGUUUUCCUCAGCAGAAGAGCAUUUUACCUGCUGGUUUUGGACAUGUCAAAAUCUUUCAGUGAAAAGGUUGAUGAAAGUUUGUGUGAACAAAAUGGAACAAUGUUUGCCGACUGGACGUAUGGAGGGUAUGUUAUGUUCUGGCUUAAGUCAAUCCACACAUAUUGUGCAGAGGAUACAGCAAUAAUUGUUGUAGCAACGCACAGUGAAAAUACCGACGAAAGGGACAAGAGUGGUUUUUUUGAUAGACUUUUGGAUUUGCUACCGGCAGAUGAUACAAAGCUUAAGAAACACUUUCGCCGGAAUAGAUGUUUCUUUAUCGGUCUACCUAUUGAUGAUACCAGUUGCUUAGAUCCUUUAUCUGACUUAGAAAACUGCAUUGUUUCCAUCGCCAAGGAUCAUAGAUGGAAAGAAUCUAUUCCCAAAGAAUGGUCAGUAAUUGAAUUAGUUUUCAUGCAGCUAAAGGAACAAGCGAAGGAAGAGUCAAUUGAAAUUAUUAUUCCAGUCAGCAAACUGGAGAACUAUUGGCUUGAUUCGGAAAAUGCCCGUGUGAAGGUUCAAGAUGCUUUACGCUUUUUCAAUGACAUCGGUUUGAUUCUCUACUUCAAUGAAAAGGAACUGUCAGAAUCACUUGUUAUCGAUGUCCAGUGGUUCGUCGAUUCUUUCAAGUUCAUUAUAUCAGACAAGAAACACGUCCGAGAUUUGGCAGAAAAUGACAAGGACUGGAACUAUUUCAACCGAACCGGAUACCUCAGAUACAGUCUUCUUACACGUAUCUGGGAAGACUUAUCCAUAGAAUCAGAAGAGGAAGAUUCAAUAUUACAGUACAUGCAAAGACUUGGACUAUUGGCGAUUGGGAAAGAUAAACAUUAUGUUCCUUGUAUGAACAAAAGAGACUUUGGUAGAAAGGAAACCAUCACACUGCGGAGGAUGAAAAUGAAAUCGUCAGUGCUAGUAUUUCAUUUCGAGUUCCUGCCCUUCUUCUUCUACUGUCGGUUGAUAGUUGCUUGUAUUGUGGGUGCGGAGUGGAAAGUGGUGAUAGAUGAUGGGAUACCGUGCCUAUAUAAAGAUGUCGCUAUAUUCGUUUCCAAAGACCACUUUAUUGCCCUUGUUGUGACGAUAUCAGCAAUACAGAUGCAGGUAUUUCGUCCACAAAAUACACCUAUAGAUCCUGAUAUCGCCUCCAAUAUAAAAACAACUCUAGAGAAGACACUAGGAUACUUAACGAGCACAUUUCACAAAAAAGUCACAUACAGGGUCGCGUUCCAAUGCUCUGUCCAGGAUGUUUUGACUCGAGAUGUGAAUUGUUAUGUGUAUGAAGAGGAAAUACCAGACAGGGGAGAAGUAGUGUGUCCAAGGCACCAAUUUACUGGGAAUCAUCUACUAGAUGUGGAAGCUUUAACAAGGUUCUGGAAGUCUAGUCCAAUGAAUCUCUCUUCGCAGGAUGGAAAUGAGAAAGUGAAUACGACAAAUGAAGAGAAAAUUCAGAAGCUUGUGAAAACCGGAAGAGAUGCCUUACAAGCGUAUUUUGAUACAAUAUUUCCAUCGGAGGAUUUAGAACAGUGUCUCCAAGAUCACAAGACUCAUCUAACAAAGGGACAAUUCAAAUUCACGGAAGAUCAAACGGGAAUUGUUUACCCAGCAGGUUGUAGUACAAAAGUCAUGUCUACUUCGUUUGAUGUUCCAAUCAUGUACAAACUUCUGAGGAACUUUGGCAACAAUGUACCUCCCCCAACGAAAGACUGGGGGAAGGAGCCAGCGGUUGGACAGAAAACGAUUGGAGAUGACAUCGAGAGAAUCCGAAAGUUCAGGAACAUGAAUGCACAUUGUAAACUGACUGAAAACUGUAUGGACGGGGAAGAUUUCAGACUUUACUGGGAGGAGUUGGCACAGGCAAUACUGAGACUUACAAAUGGUUCAUUCAAGAGUAGAAUUGAUGCAAUCCCUCGUUAGUCUCAAAAGGAUUCCGGAAAGCCAAACGUUCACCAAACCAUUCCUCGGAUUCGAUUGUCAGACUAUUUCGUUGUCAACAUAGAAGAAAUACCCAUGAUGCAUGGACGCUACUUGUGACGUCAUAGUUUGAAAUUAUUCUUUUGUUGGAAUUUAAUGGCCAGUGAACAUUUUGAUGUUGUAUAGGACAUACGAAGCGUUCACAAUAUUUUGAAAAUUAAGAAUAUAUAUCUCUGUGGGUGCACUAUAGCGAAGCGAAUACUUAGAUUAUCAACAAGAAAACCUUACAAAUUUGAUUGUUUAAUGCGAAAUAUACUGCUCUUUUGUCAAAGGUCGAUAAAAUAUAUUGAAAUUGAUUUCUACUACUCUUUACUUGUCGAUAUCAAAUCCUGGUGCCGGGGGUGCUAAGGGAUAAAAAACCAAAAAAGGAAUCGAAUGUUUAAUGCUAAAUAUAUCAUUUGCAUAAGGAAAAACGUCGUAUAAUUGUAUCACGAACUUAUGAAAUACGUGAUGAAAAACGAUAAAGAUAAGUACGUGGCAGUGCUCUAGACGACAGAGAACGUAUCUUUGUGUUUUCAUGGCAAAUUAUUAAUGAAGGGUUGGAUAUAACUUUUGAAAUUUGAUAUUUCUUAGAAAUCUUUUCUUCCCGGUUUUAUGAAUGAACUCUCAAGCAUCAAUAUCAUCUUGAAUUUUUCAUGAUCAUAGACAUGGUUUACAAUCCACAGGUACAUGUAUAACAUGGAUACGCAAUCUAUAACGAGGAAAAGACAAAUGUUACAUAACAGGGGAUGCUUAUUCCUCCUAGGCACCUGAUCCCACCUCUGGUGUGUCCAGGGUCCGUGUUUGCCCAACUAUCUAUUUUGUAUUGCUUAUAGGAGUUAUGAGAAUGAUCACUGUUCGUUAUCUUCACCUUGCAUACUCAACAUUAAGAAAAACACACGACAAAAUGAAAAGUGGUUUGAUGAUUUGUCAUAUUUUGGGAAAUUUUGUACUCUGAAAAGGUGUGAAAAUUGCAUAUGAUACCACUGUUCGUUAUCUUCGCCUCUCAUACAUUAUAGUUUUGGAACAUGUUUGGGAGCAUAUUUACAUGUACAUGUAGUUGUAACAUAAAAUCAUGCUGAUAAUGGUUGUAUUUAGCAAUGUUUUAAUGCAUUUCCUCAAUGGAAUUAUAUAGCAUAUAUUUUAGAAUCCUACACAGUGUAUGAGUAGAUGACGAAUAGUCACUUCCGAUAGAGAAUAAAGGAAGUUGAUUAUAAACACCGUAUGCAUUCGAAACCAUGUUUUAUAGAGUUCAACUUAAACUGCUGUUAAAGAAAUAAUGUGACUUUGCGAUAUUUGACGAAAUAAAAACAUUGAAAUUAUUACUCGAGAUCUGAACGUGGUAUAAACGGAACAAUGUAACAAUCAAAAUAGAAAUUUAAGAUGAUUAUGUGUUCAUUUUGUAAUAUUCAUUAAAAUGCGAAUACCAAAACAAUCCGUGGUAAGCAUUACUAACAUUGAGUAUUCGGUACUAAGUAGAUGGACAACUGUAGCAUUAUUUGCUCUCAUCUUCAUCAUUAACGUCAUACAUUGAUUAAAGCGAUUAUAUACUGAACAAACUUUCUAACACCCCACUCAAGUUUUUGCAUUGUAUUCUAAUCAUAUUUAAUCACUUGAAUAUAACUAUUGAUUUGUGUAAAGAAUAAGUUAUAAAACACCUCAUGUGUAGUGAAACCGUCUCAUCCAAAAAGUACAAAACCGUAUCUGUGUCAUAUUUGUAAUUUGCAACAUCUAAAUCUGCGUCCCUUCUCAUUUGGCGGGUAUCUGAUGAAUACACCAACGGGUGUAAAUUAGCUUCAUCAUUCUGAAAGUUAACAGUCAAACAAAAGUUUUUUUUACCAUCCAAAAAGUACCAAUUAUUUCGCAACAUCUAAAUAUGCGUUGGUCUCCAUGUGGGGGGGGGGGGGGGGGGGGGGCAUCUGAUAACUAUCCUAGCGGUUUGUAACGAUUGAUGUAUAUUGGCUUUAUCAUUUUGAAAGUUAAUAGUCAAACAAAAAGCUAGACCCCGGUAGUAAAGGAAAACAAACCUUUCUGAACUGCUCCAGCUUCGACAUAUCAAUAGCCCCUGCACGUUUUUAUGCGGUCAUGCGUUGCAUUUUACUACAGUAAUUUUGUAUUUCGUAAAGACAAUUUAGAUAUAGAGAACCCAAUAAAAAGGAGUCUUUGGAAAUGAAUCUUCAAAGCGAAUGGAACACGAGUUAAAUGUUCUUCAACAUAACCGAUCAGUGUCUAGAAAACACGACUGUGAUCCCAUUUGUUGCCGACUUGUGACGAAGACAUUUAACCUGGCAGACAAUAAUGUUAGCAAACUGUAAUCUACUGCAGGAAUCUCUUUUUAAAUUUCAAAAUACAAAAAUAGGCGUAAGAAAGAUUAGUGUAUUUAUAUCCUCUCUAUAACAAUGUGUAUUGAUAUGGAGUAUUCAAGAAAGUUUUUUUUUUUUUGUGUUAGAUGAUAAUAUAUCCCCACUAUCAGAUUAAAAAUAAAAGUACAACCAUCAUUCAAUGCUCUACUUUGUUUGUCUAACAAGUUCAUACUGCUUUUAUCAGUUAGAGUGUUCUUCUACCAAAUCUCGCAUAUCUAUUUAUGUAAAAUCGAAUGUGAAUUCGUCCUGACGUGCUGGUUGCUGGUUAUAGAUUGAGCCAUGUUAAAUUGAUGCUAUUUUUAGGACUGGUAUAUUGAUAAAGGGAUGGGAAUGGGGAUUGUAAUUCUAACUAUCACCACACGUUGUAUGCCCUGUAUAUGUGUAUUACUGUUCUGUUUCUGAUAAACCAUGUAUUUCAACGUUUUCAUUCUUCCAUGAAACUAAUAUUACGUGACUGACCUUUCAUUAUUGACAUAAAAAGAAAUUGUCAUUGAAUUGUAUACCUAUAUGUAUGAAGAAAAAAGAAAUUGUCAUUGAAUGUAUUACAGUGGAAUGUACUUUUUUGUCUAUCAAAAAUUAAAUGAUUGAUUGAU